UAAAAACGCGGUCGCUCACUCGCUCAUUUUCUCGCGCCUUCCUUCUCUUUCCUUCUGCAUCUCAUUUUCAGGUGGUCCAAUCUUGUUGUACACGAAGCUUCCAGUAAUAAACGCAUCUUGUCCGUUUUCUUUGGCGAUAUUAUUACUGUCUAGCUAAUGUCUGGUAUGAUCAUGAUGACCUUUGAACGCUCUUCGAGGUCUCAUUUGUAGAUAUGCUGAUAUAUAGAUAGAAGGGAAUGAACGUUAAUGAACACUUACCUUUGUCUGAUAAUGCAGUCGUUAGCAAUUUAGCACAGCCAAGUACAGAUGCAUGACGGGCCGCUAAUGUUUGGCGGCCGGUUUGUUUCGAAACUGGGAACUUCUUCUCCAUCAUCAUGUCGACGCUGAUACCCUCAAGAAUCCUCCGUUCCUUACCAAUUAGAACCAGGUCAGUUACAACGAUUUAUGUCCCGCGACCAAGAUGCCUGUCGACUAGCCGUUCAAAUCCAAAUUCUUUGGACUCGAAUUUCCGUUCAGACCACUCGGCCCACCACGGUGUUGGGCGCAAAAUUUUUUUAGCUGUCACGGUCCUUACUACUCUAUCAGCAUAUGCAAUUGGCUCGUUGUUCCCUCCUUCUCCCAUCCGUUUACUUUUUCCCCGUCCGGGACCACCACCUUCUGAACCCAACUCCGAGGAAUCGAAGGCUUAUGUAGAAGAUCUCGAGAAGCAGAUGCUUUCCUUACCACUACUCGAAGAGAUGCGCAAAGCUCCUGACGCGAGGGAAUGGUACGAAGCGCGCCCGUACAAAUAUUUCGACGAAGAACGACGAGUGAACAAUUUAACGGCGGGAGCUUUGAGAGGUCCCGGGAAGCUCGCUCUCCCUCCACUCGUUCGGGCGCGAUGGGACGAGAAAAAGAGUCUAUUUAUCAUCCAUGUCGGACGGGGACUAUGUGGACAUGAUGGAAUAGUUCAUGGAGGGUUAUUGGCGACAUUGUUGGAUGAGAUGUUGGCGAGGACGGCGAUCAACAAUCUUCCGGAGAAGAUCGGUGUUACAGCGAAACUUUCCGUCAACUAUCGCGCACCGACAAAGGCUGAUCAAUUCAUCGUGGUGCGGACUGAACUCCUCGACGUCCAAGGCCGUAAAGCAGACGUCAAAGGCAGGAUAGAAGAUCUCAAUGGUACCUUGUUGGUCGAGGCAACCGCCACCUUCGUCCAACCGCGUUACGCUAAACUUCUCAGUAAAGCCGCUAUCAAGCAAGUAAUGGGUGCACCACCCAGCGACGAACACGCGCCUGUAGUCCAUCUUGCUGAUGGUGAAGAUUUAAAGGCACUGAAGGGUCAAGAUAAACAGCCUGAUGGCAAACAUUGAGUCAAUAUUUCUUAUGGUUAUAAGUACUUAGAGUAGGGGUGAUAUCAUUAAUAUACUCUGAGAUUGUGUAGAGUAGUUGCAGAACAAGGUGGUAGAUCAUAAUGAACAUAAUUGUACGUACA